GAAAAACAAACAUUUGCCAAACAAAACAAAUUAAUUUAAUAAAUAAAACUAUCAAAAGAAGCCCAGACAGGAUUCCAUUGUAUCCCAAUCAAGCACUUGUGUUACAGCAGAAAUAAGGACAUUUUAAAUUUUUAUGCAAGCAUGUUUGUUGCUUGAUGCGAAGAGGCAAUUACUGGAAACCGGAUAAUGGCCACAGCUGCAGUGAUUGGGAUAAGUACUGGAAAGAGGCUUCUCAGCACUUCAUUCUGCCCAUCAGAUCUUGGUGACAAGUUUUUACACAUCCAAGAGCAUGGUCUGGGACAAUUUAUUUCAUAUUCUUCAACCAAGUGUGUCAUAGUUGCUAAAAAGUCCUCCCAAUUUGGCCCAAAUUUGCCAGCAAACAGACAUCUUCAAGCUAUCCAAGCAAUCAGAGACCAUGUAGAUAGUUCUGCUCUUUCAACUAUGGAAACAUGCCUCCAAAACUCUGGUGUUGUUGAGAGUGGAAAUUUUGAUCUUGAUUCUUCACUAGAGGCAUUCAUUCUAUUGCAAAAGUCUAUGCUAGAAAAACAAUGGGAGCUCUCAUUUAAUCAUAUGAAAACUGUUGUUGUUCCUGAUAAAAGUUGUGAGAAGAAUGAGGUUGUCCGCUCCGGAGUUUCAGCUAGGGAAAGAAGAAUGAGUAGCAGAGGAAACAUUUUGAAUCGAAAUUCUCAGACAGUACCUUUGAGUAAGAGAAAACAAGUUGGAACCAGGAUUAGUCCUGAGUUUACGGAGAGACGAGUAAAUGGGUAUGUGAGGGGAACCAUAAGUGAAAAUUUGCUCACACAUGCUGAAGUCGUCAAUUUAUCAAAAAAAAUUAAAGUUGGACUUUCACUAGAGGAGCACAAAAGGAAGCUUGCAGAAAAGUUGGGACUUGAGCCUUCUAUAAAGCAACUGGCUUCCUCUUUGAAAAUGCAACGUGCUGAGCUCCAAACAAAGUUAAUUGAAUGCUCUUUGGCUCAGGAGAAGUUGGCAAUGAGCAAUGUUCGUUUAGUUAUUUCUAUUGCCCAAAAGUACGAUCACUUGGGUGCUGAGAUGGCUGACCUUGUACAGGGUGGUUUGAUUGGCUUACUCCGUGGGAUAGAAAAGUUUGAUUCCUCUAAGGGCUUUAGGAUUUCAACAUAUGUAUAUUGGUGGAUACGACAGGGUGUUUCUCGCGCACUUGUCGAGAACUCCAGGACUCUAAGGUUGCCUACUCAUUUGCAUGAAAGGUUAAGCUCAAUUCGAAAUGCAAAAAUUAGAUUGAAGGGCAAAGGCAUCACGCCGUCAGUAGAUAAUAUUGCAGAGAGCUUGAAUAUGUCGAAGAAGAAAGUGAAGAAUGCGACAGAGGCAGUCAGCAAGAUACUUUCCCUCGAUAGGGAUGCCUUUCCUUCUCUGAAUGGUCUUCCGGGCGAAACUCUCCAUAGUUAUAUUGCGGAUAACAAACUUGAGAACAAUCCUUGGCAUGGAUUUGAAGAAUGGUCUAUCAAGGAUGAGGUUAACAAGCUUCUUCAUUCAGUUCUUGGAGAGCGAGAGCGAGACAUCAUACGUCUCUACUAUGGCCUCAGCACAGAAUGCCAUACAUGGGAGGAUAUUAGCAGAAAGUUUGGUUUGUCAAGGGAAAGAGUUAGGCAAGUGGGUCUCGUUGCAUUGGAGAAACUAAAGCUUGCAGCAAGGAAGAGGCAGUUGGAUGCAAUGCUGAUCAAACAAUGAUAUGAAUUUCGUUGAUUGAUGGCUGUAAAUACAAAAGGAAUGAUAUACAUUGUAGAUCUUUGAACAUAAAGGGAUUUUAAGGAGAUACCCUGAGUUCUGUAAUACAACAAUAAAAUUUCUGCGAAUCCAGAUCAAGUGCAGAAAGUCACUAGAUUUUUGCAUGUUAUUACUAUCUAAAUUGUGAGCAAAUUGUAAAGAAGAUUGAUCAA